GUAGAGUCGCAAAAGCUGAACAUCCUCCCCACAAGGUUAUUUAGAAGACAUCUUGCACUGUUCGAAUGCAAAGGAAGGCGAAUGACUCGAUUCUAUGGUUUUGGUCUACUGAGCCUGAGGCCGCUGGUGUCAGCCUGGUGGUAGUGCAGCUCAUCUGAUGCCUGGGGCUGCAGGAUCCUAGCUAGUUCCUGUGACAGACCUUGGGAAACUCAAUCUCAGGAAAAAGAAGAGAGCGCCAACUACUCUACAAAGGAAAAGGGAUGUAGUUUGUAGGAUUUUCCUUGUUAUGAGAGGAGCAGAAACCUAACUGUUGACAAGGAUGUGUUUUCUUAACUGAAGAAAAUCAUAUCACAUGUGAACUUUCUGACCAUACUGUGGAGCGGUGCUAAUAAGGAGGGUUCUGUGUUCACUUGACUACCAGAAACAUUUCUAGUUUACCAUUUGCGUUUUAGCUGCUUCCAUGCCUCUAUGACUGCAGCUACUCUCAGGAAGUUGCACUGUUGCAGAGGUCCAUUAACUCUUUCAGGACGGUGUGGAAUCAGUGGGGAAAUCUCUAAUUGCUACUGACACAGAGCUUUCAGGGGCCUGGCCUUUGCAGUUCCAGUUCAGCUACAGCAAAUAUCGUUUGAGAUGUCCCACCAAGAGGGAAGCACAGACGGCUUACCAGACCUAGGGACUGAAAACCUGUUCAGCAGCCCAGAGGAGCAGUCUGGAGCGGUGGCGGCGACAGAGGCCUCGUCAGACACUGACAUGGCGACCUCAGAGCUGAGUGUGACAGUGACCGGAGAUGGCGGUGAUACCAGGGAUGGUGGAUUCCCCAACGAUGCCGGCACAGAAAAUCGAAGCUCAGACCGAGAAAGUGCAAGUGAAGACAUCGAACUUGACAGCAUGGAGGACUUUCAGCAUUUCCUCACGAGUGGUGAAAGUUUAUUCCAUUACCCUUUAGUGGGAGAGGAGGAGACAGAAAGGGAGGAGGAAGAGGAGAUACAGGAGGAGGGAAGGGAGGAGGCGGAGGGAGGAGAGGAGGCGGAGGAGGAGGAGGAGGAGGAAGAAGAACAGCCUCGGGCGGGUCCACAAUGCAGUGGCGCCAACCAUGAGCAGUAUUUGUUAGAGGAGGAUCCGGCGCUGGAGGAGUGGGUUUCCUCAGAGACAUCUCCCCUGCCCCGACCUCGCUGGCAGGUCGUUACUGCUCUUCAUCAGCGGCAGCUGGGUUCACGUCCCCAUUUUGUAUAUGAGGCCUGUGGGGCAAGAGCCUUUGUGCAGCGUUUCCGCCUGCAAUAUCGUCUUGCAGAGCAUGUCGGUUGUGUUAAUACUGUACACUUUAACCAGCGUGGCACCCGGCUGGCCAGUAGCGGUGAUGACCUAAAGGUGAUAGUGUGGGACUGGGUACGGCAGAAGCCAGUACUCAACUUUGAAAGUGGUCACACAAACAAUGUCUUCCAGGCCAAAUUCCUUCCUAAUUGUGGUGAUUCCACCCUGGCCAUGUGUGCCCGUGAUGGGCAGGUACGGGUAGCAGAACUAAUUAGUGCAUCAUAUUUCGAGAAUACUAAGUGUGUGGCCCAGCACAGGGGACCUGCCCACAAGUUGGCUCUGGUGCCUGACUCUCCUUCUCAGUUCCUCACUUCGGGUGAAGAUGCUGUUGUCUUCACCAUUGACCUCAGACAAGACCGGCCAGCUUCAAAAGUUGUGGUAACAAGAGAAAAGGAUAAGAAAGUGGGACUGUAUACAAUUACUGUGAAUCCCGCCAAUACCUACCAAUUUGCAGUGGGCGGACAAGAUCAGUUUGUAAGAAUUUAUGACCAGAGGAGAAUUGAUGAGAAAGAAAACAAUGGAGUGCUCAAGAAAUUCACUCCUCAUCAUCUGGUUAAUUGUGUUUUCCCAACAAACAUCACCUGUGUUGUGUACAGUCACGAUGGCACAGAGCUCCUAGCCAGCUACAAUGAUGAAGAUAUUUACCUCUUCAACUCCUCUUACAGUGAUGGUGCUCAAUACACGAAGAGAUUUAAGGGGCACAGAAACAAUACCACAGUCAAAGGUGUUAAUUUCUAUGGCCCCAGAAGUGAGUUUGUAGUGAGCGGUAGUGAUUGCGGGCAUAUCUUCUUCUGGGAGAAAUCAUCCUGCCAGAUCAUCCAGUUCCUAAAGGGGAACAGGGAAGGUACAAUAAACUGUCUUGAACCCCACCCUUACCUACCUGUGCUGGCGACCAGUGGCCUAGAUCAUAAUGUGAAGAUCUGGACACCCACAGCUAAAGCUGCCACUGGGCUUACUGGAUUAAAGAAGGUGAUUAAGAAGAACAAGUGGGAACGAGAUGAAGAUAGCUUGCACCAUGCCAGCCUGUUUGACCAGUACAUGCUUUGGUUCCUCAUGCGUCACCUGACACAGAGAGGUCAUCACCGGGGCUGGAGAAGUGGUGAAGCCGAAUUUCCAGAUGAAGAAUCGGAUGAGUCUUCCAGCACCUCAGAGACAUCCGAGGAGGAGGAGGGCCAAGACCGAGUGCAGUGCAUGCCAUCCUGAAGGCCUCAUACCCAGUCCAGCUAGAUGCCACCUAAGUACACUGGACUUUAAAAUUCAGUUUGACUAAUUUAGAAUUGUCAAUAGAUUCAUAGAUUUGCUUUUUGUCUUCUAAUUUCCACAAUAUAUGCUGAAAACCAUCUCUUCCAUUCCUUCCUCUCUACUUUCCUUUCUUUCUUCCAUACAUUCUUUCUCUCAUUCCUUUCCUCUUGGUUUCUUUAUGCCUCUUUUGUUACCCCUUAUUCUUACAUGAGUGCAUACGCAACUUAUUUAUGCCUCUUUUCCCUUGUUCCCUUAUAGUUGACCUCUAGAUUUUCUGAAUUUUGUUGAAAAAAUUAAUACCCUUAUUAGAUGCAUCUACUCAAAUCUGACAUUCUGAAAACAGUUACCUUUUUACUUUUUUUCAUCUUUAACAAUUUUUUCUGAAGAUCAAGUUCUUCAGUUAACCUGAAAAUUUCAGAAAUAUGUUUCUUCUUUAGAAGUAAAAUAAGACAAACUAUAGUUUUGUUCUAUCGAUACUGACACUUGGCUGCACACACACAGUCUCAGAAAAGGAAAGGCGAAGUAGUGUGCAAAUUAAUUCCUAACACUUGGCCGUGCACACACACAGUCUCAGAAAAGGUAAAGGGAAGAAGUAGUGUGUAGAUUAAUUCCUAACCAGAUAAUUCAUUCCCUCAGAAUAAAUAACAUGAGAUUGUCUACAUUUUCUGAAUCCAUAUAUUAAUAAUUUUUAAAAAUUUGAGUACACUGUAGCUGGUAAGAACUAAAUUAAAUUUGGUCACAUGACAUUGUUUACUCUGUGUAUUAAGUUUUCUUGAAGUUUUAAGGUUGGGAACUCCUACAGGGUUACCUUCCAGGAAGUCCUCCUGGGACAGCUAUUUCCUGUAAAUGCCAGCUACUGGUAUAAAAAUCUCUCAUAUUUGAAAAUACAUUUUAAUUAACUUUUAAGAACAAGUUGCAGUAAAAAUUGUUUAUACUUACACAUAACCGUUUGGUGUAAUUGGUAGAAAAAUCCUAUUUGACAUCCUCACAUUGCUUAAAAUUCUCUCUGCUGUUUGAAUUGCUUUAAAAAUUGUUUUAUGCCUCAUUUAAUAUAAAUUAAAUAAGGGCACUGGAUGUCCAAUUACUGCUCAAUAAAAAUAUUCGUCUUUAUUUU